UGACCCGUUUUGGUCUCUUUGAAUCUCUGCUGUAGCGUCAUUUCUAAUGCAGAUCCAACAGAUCCUGGACUGACUCCUGCCAUGAUUCCCGGGAAAUUCCGCUCUGUUUCUGGCCGGGCUACGAACAACGUGAACUGUGGGCUUCAUCUGGUUAUUCAAACAUCACCUUUUCCUGAGAAAAACAAAGUUGAAUUAAGGCUAAAUAAAGAAACACCAUCAUUCCCUGGUCGACUCUUACAACAUGACCUUGAAAGAAACUACUCAAGUAGGCAAGCAAACGUGACAGAACUAAAUGGGCUGGACAUGAAAACUACCAUGAACUCCUUAUCAGCAUUUGGAGAUUCUUCCAUUCAGAUACCUUCCAAGUCCAGAAUCCGGCAGGGCUGUCAUAGUGCUGGCCCAAAUGUAUCUGGUGAUCAUAUUAAUUUGGUGAGCUCAUCAGUGUCAUCAUUUCACAUUCUCCAGCGUUCUUCUGAAGAGAAAAUUCUUUACUCAGACAGACUGACCCUAGAAAGGCAAAAGCUGACUGUAUGUCCUGUUAUCGAUGGGGAAGAACACCUUCGUUUAUUGAACUUUCAACACAAUUUUAUAACUCGAAUCCAAAAUAUUUCUAAUCUGCGGAUAAUAUUCUUGGAUUUAUAUGAUAAUCAUAUAGAAGAAAUUAGUGGGCUUUCUACUCUCAGAUCCCUCCGUGUCCUUCUGUUGGGGAAAAACAGAAUCAAAAAAAUCUCAAAUCUGGAGAAUCUAAAAAGUUUAGAUGUCUUGGACCUUCAUGGAAAUCAGAUUGCCAAAAUCGAAAAUGUCAAUCAUUUGUGUGAUUUGAGAGUUUUAAACCUUGCCAGGAACCUUUUAAGUCACGUUGAUAAUCUUAAUGGGCUGGAUUCACUAACUGAACUUAACUUGCGACACAAUCAAAUCACUUUUGUGAGAGAUGUGGAUAAUUUGCCCUGCCUCCAACGUCUGUUUCUCAGCUUCAACAAUAUAUCUAAUUUCGAGAGUGUUUGCUGCCUUGCUGACUCUCCUUCUCUCUCAGACAUCACUUUUGAUGGCAACCCCAUAGCUCAGGAGCCAUGGUACAAGCACACUGUUCUUCAGAACAUGCUGCAGCUGCGCCAGCUGGAUACAAGGAGAGUCACGGAAGAAGAAAGGCGUAUGGCAUCUGUUGUAGCCAAAAAAGAGGAAGAGAAGAGGCGGGAAAGUCAUAAACAAUCCUUGCUUAAGGAGAAGAAAAGGUUAACAAUUAACAACAUAGCACGACAGUGGGACUUGCAACAUCGAGUAACCAAUAUUGCUGCAAAUCAAGAUAGAAAAAAUUCUGACUCUCCUUCUCUGGACCCCUGUCAGAUGGAUGGGAGCACCACCUCUGCAUUUCCAGAGGAAACAGGGUCUCUGGACUCUGUACUCAACAAUGCUUUACAAGCCUUAUCUGGCACAGACACGCACCUUGUUGAUGUGGAUGGGGACACGCUUUCCCUGUAUGGCUCAGGAGCACUGGAAUCUCUAGAUCGGAAUUGGAGCAUUCAAACAGCAGGACACCUUAAAUUCAAGGAAACAAAUCUUGCAAUGCUACAACAGUUUAAUGCAUUAGCACAACUCCAUCGUAUUGACCAGUUGACAAUUGAUCCUCAAGGAAAUCCAGUUGUCAAUUUUACACUCUGGAAAUACUAUGUACUAUUUAGGCUGAGCCAUUUUAAUAUGCAGAAAAUAAAUGGGACAGAGGUAAGCCUAACACUAAGUAACUGUGUAACGAAAGGGUUCGUUUUUAAGGGAAAUGGUCAUACAAGUGAAUCUAAGGUGCCUCAGUAUAUCUAUAUCUCUCUACUGUCUUUCUGCAGGAAGAAGCAAUUCCGCUAUCUACAAGAAACCAAGGGGAGAAAACAUGGUGUUGUUAAUGAAGAAAAUAAUGAUAGCAAAAGAUUUGUAGGAGAAAAUACAAAUCGUGCUAUGCUAAAUUAUACCACAAGAGACUUUUAUAAUGAAAAGCUAGAGGAAACAAAGGAAAAAAAGAAAUUCUGCAAAAUUUACAUAGAGGACCUUGUGAAGGAAGCCACAGAGAUCAGCAUGAAAAAAGAGGCCUUGCAGAAGCUUUGGCCACAGAUGUUCAUCGAGCUUGUUAGGGAUGCAGUCUUGGAAACUCGCAACAAAAAUUCCUACAUGAAGCUUUGCCUACAGCAGAUAGCUGACCAAAAAUAGAAAUGGCUUUAUAGUUACAGUUGAUUUUAGCAGUUUUUUGUUCUUGAAGGUCGAAAACGUGUAGUUCAAACAAGUUAAGAAAACAACAACACUAUCCUACAAACUAGGAUGCAUCACUAUUCUCGUAGCUCAAGUCAGGACGGAAAGAAGGAAUGGAGAGAGAGGCAAGCCCAGUUUCCUGUACGCGGUGACCAGACCACGGCAGGGAGCUGAGCAGGUGCGGAGCCAGCUCGGCUGGGAGCAGCACUGCGCUCCCCUCCUGCUGGGCUGGUGCGCCCUGCUGCCGCCCGCCCGCUGGAGUGUUACUCAGGUUCAGCAUGAGUUGCUUCUACCAUCUUUCAGCCGAUAAUUUCCAAUUAUUUGCCUUCCUGUUUUAUGUCAUGAUUUCAAAGCCAAAAAUAUGUUAUUUUGUAUAA